AUGGCAAAUAUAUCUCCAUUAAAGUUUGCUGAAAAACUAACUAUUUUAAAUGAUCGAACUAUUGGUUUACUAACACGUUUAUAUAAUAUAAAGAAAGCAUGUUUUGAUCCAAAAUUAAGGCCAAAAUUUUUGUAUGAAAAAGCAAUUGAGGGUGCAGUUAAAUUGUUACUAAAAAAAUUUCCACAAAGUGAUUUAAAAAAUAACCAGAGUGUAUUUGAUACUGUAAGAAAACAAAAAAUGGAAAUUAUGAAAUCAUUGUCUCUAUAUUAUUCUACAUUUGUUGAUGUUCUAGAUUUAAAAGAUCACAUUAUGGAACUUUUAACAAAAAUGAAUAUGGUUUGUAGAAAUUUUGACUUAACAUUAAAUUUUGAAUUAACAAAAACAUAUUUGGAUCUUGUAACUAAUUAUUGUUCUCUUAUGAUAUUAAUGUCACGAAUAGAUGAUAAAAAAGCUGUCUUAUCAAUGUAUAAUUUAUGUCAUGAGAUGAUAAAUAAUUGUAAUGAGUCUUCUUUUCCUAGAAUGGGACAGAUGAUUGUUGAUUUUGAGAAUCCAUAUAAAAAAUUAAAUGAAGAUUUAACUCCUAUUAAUCGUUUAAUUUAUUCUGGAUUAAUCUCUUUAUCAAAAAUAUAUCUUCAUAGAAAUAUACAUGCAGAUGUUUGGAGGGGUGCUCAGAUGUUAUCUUUAACUACAAAUUCUUCACAAAUGUUAUACCUUGCACAAACUGAAACAAUAAAUUGUGAAUUUUUAUCAAUUGAUACAAUGGAACGUUGGAUUGUUUUUCUAACUAUAGCUUGUCAUGGAGUUUUAUUAAAUGAUCCUAUUAUUGUUGGUAUGUGGCAACGAACACUUCAAACAUCUCUUGUAGUUCCAUUAUUUAGAGAUGAAGUUUUAAAUUUACAUAAUGUUUUUAUUGAAUGUUUUGAAGGAACAAAAGGUUCAUCAAAAAAAAUAAGUGAAGUUAAAGAAAAUUAUAAUAUUGCAAUACAAACUAGUAACUCAAUUCAUUUAGAAAGGAGACGUUUCUUAAGAGAAGCAUUAAAAGAUUUAACAUUAUUAUACGAUGAUCAACCGGGAAUUCUUGGACCUAAAAUAUUAUUUGUUUUAAUAGGUUUAUGUUUUGCUCGUGAUGAAAUUAACUGGUAUGUAAGACAUUUUAAAGAGUGGCCUCAAAAUACAAAAAAACAAAAAUCUCAAAGUUUUGUAGUUGAUCGUCAAAUAUCAGAAUUAAUAUAUUAUACUUUAAAACUAAGAACAAUUGUUGAAAAGUAUGAUCGUAUUGUUUCAAAUUAUUAUUUUAAAUAUUUAAAAAGUUAUGAUGCAUUUGUAAUGCAAGAAUGUAUUCCAGAAAUUGGAAAUCGGUUGGCAAAAGAUGAUGAAGUAAGAUUACUUUCUAUUCAUGCAUCAAUGCAAGAAAAUAUAAAACCAACCUUUGAAACUUAUCAAGAUGUGAAAUUUGAUUGGUUUAGAAUACAAGCAAAUACAUCAGUUGAAAAAUAUGGUAUAAAUUUGGAAGAUUAUAGAAAAUUAUGUAUAUUAUUGAAUACAUCUUGUUGGCAUUUUGAAUUAAUUGGUAACUUAAAACAAUUACUAAUGAAAUGUUCAAGUUUGGAUAUUUAUGCAUUUUAUCAAGAACAAUUAAAAGAACAAUUUGAUGAAGCUAGAAAUAGUCAUUAUUUUUCACGUUAUGCUAUAUCAUUUGCCAAACUUACUGGUGAUUUUGAAUGCCUUUUACAUGAAAUGUGCCCUGAAGAACAUGAUACUCUUAUUGAUAGAGCAAUAAGACAUUCAACAUCUUUUCUAGAAGAUAUUGGAAAAAGGUUAUGUACUAUUAGUUUAUCAAUGAUAAGUGAAGAAUAUGAUUUAAUAAAUCAAGCAUCUGCAACAAGAUGUGCUGAAUUAAUAGAUAUAACUAAUAGAGCUCAAAUUGGAAAAGGUAAUAGAGUUCCUGAAAUUGUUCCUAUGCCUGGUCAUGAAAGUGUUAGAAUUUCAAGAGAUCAAUUAUCAUACAUGGAUAAACAACUUAGUAUUUUGACAGAUCUUAUUAAUGCUGUAACUUCAUGGGAUAGUUUUCAAGUAUUUGAUUCAAUUCUUGUUCCAAAGGAUUAUGUUCUACGUUAUUAUGAUAAAAGUUUAAUCACAAUUUUUAGUUUAAAAUUUUUUGUGGAUCAAGAAAAAAAAAUUAUCAGUCGACCAUCUGAUUUAUUGAAAUUUAUUAAUUCAGAAUUAACUGUAUUACAUUAUGUUGAAAGAUGUUUAGGAAUUGAUCUUCAAAGAUUAUUUACUUCUGUUUUAAAUCAAGAAAGUUUAACUAUUGAUGUUUAUAACAAUGAAACAUUUACCUCAUUAUAUAUAAAAUUUUAUGUGUCUUCUAUUUUAAAGAAAGCCUCUACUGGAAAUGUUCAUUUUUCAACUAUAACAUCAACAUUUAGUAGUACACCUGAUUAUGAAGGUCCACCACCAGAACAUUAUACAGAUCCAAGUGAAUUAAUGUCUCUUGCUACUUUAAUUGGACCAUUUGGUAUUAAAAAUAUGUGUGAUCAUAUAAUGUGGCAGUGUGCUGCACAAAUUAUGGAAUUAUUACGAUUAACCGUUCAAAAUAAACAAAUUUUAUCUGAGGCAAGACGUGUCUAUACACAUCCUGGUAAAAUGAAAGAAGUUAUUGAAAAACUUGGUGAUCACGAUACAGAGAUGAAAAAAAAGACUCAACAACUUCAAGCCAAUCAAACAAUACAUUUAUUUACAAAUCGACUUACAAUUGUUGGUAUUUUAAUGUCAUUUAAAAAAAUGUUACUUUCUGCUUCAAAGAUUGUCUUUAGAAAACGUUUAAAGUUUCUUUAUAGUUGUGGUGAGAAUAUUUUGAAUGAAUUUAGUGAUGAGGCUAAAGUUAAAGCACAUGAAUUAUUUUCAACAUUAGUAGUUGAAGAAAAUGAUUUUUCUAUUUUAGUUAACAUGAUUGAACAAGACUAUGAAUCUUUAAAUGUUAAAGAUGGAAAUGAAUUUCAUUUGAUUUGUUCACUUUUAAUGGUAUUUGCUGCUAUAACAUUACCAAAAUUGUCAUCUCAAAAUCAAUCAAUGUUAAAAGUUUCAACACAUUCUACAUCAAAUAAUAUUAAUGCAAUUCCAGUUGCAUUAGAUACCAUAAGUAAUGUAUUAUUUGCAAUUUGUGGUAGAUUAGAUUGUGGUGAUAGAAUGAAAGAAUUUUUAAAAAUUAUUUCAUGUGGAUUAUUACAAAUUGUUGGAAGUUCGGCAUCCGAAUACUCUCCAAAUUUAAGAUCAAUAAAUGUUUUGUUAGAAGAUAUUGUUUGUGAAUCUAAAUGGAUAACAUUUGAUGAUUUACAAGAAGUGUUCCCACAUAAUCUUAUUUCAUCCAGCUAUACAAGUUGUUUUAUCAAUGAAAAAAGUUCUAUUAACUUUUAA